UCCACAAGAGUAAACUUGAAGCCCUCUGCAUUUAGAUUCCCGAAAUAACAAACAGAAGUGUUUUAAGCUCUUUUCAACUCGCGCAUGGUUGGAGAAGCUCAUCCCCAGGGCCCAUGUGACCGUCCACUGUUGCUUGCCUCGAGCUUCACGGAAAAGCAUAUCAUACAAUAAUGGCGGCAGAAGAUUGUGACAUAUUGAUGUUGACAGUUUGAGAAAUUGAAAUGAAGGCAAGUCAAAAGGAUGAUGAGGCCUGGCAUGGGUUCUGCUUAUGGGCCCGCCCGGUGCGCCAUCAGCGGGACAUCAUCCAUGCAUGCUAUUUUCUGAUGAUAACAGCAUGCAUUGCUAGCUUAUUCUACAGCAAUAUUUUGAAAUUCUGCGUUUGAAUUUCGUUAGAGGUUUACUGUCUUGAUUGUUAUCUAUGGCGGAAUCCUCACGAAAGCGCAGACAAUUGAACGAGAAGAAAUGGCUCCUUGUUUCUUAAAUGCUGAACUAGUUUACAUAAUAAGUUAUCAGUUGCGAUACCAUGGCUGUAUCAAGAGCCAAAGAGGGGAAAUUUGGGUUUGAUUCUGGGAAGUAUGUGAGAUAUAGUGAUGAGCAGGUGCAGGCGCUGGAAAGACUUUAUCAUGAAUGCCCAAAACCCAAUUCAUUUCGUCGACAGCAGCUUCUGAGGGAAUGUCCAAUCCUGUCUAAUAUCGAGUCCAAGCAAAUCAAGGUCUGGUUCCAGAAUAGAAGAUGCCGUGAGAAGCAGCGCACAGAAGCUACUCGCCUGUUGGCACUGAAUGAGAAGCUUACGGCGAUGAAUAAGGUUCUGGUGAAGCAAAAUGCUAAUCUGUCCAAACAGGCAUUUCAAUUUGUCCACCAGAAUAAAGGCUUGAGGCAACAGCUGAAGCAGUUGAAAGAGCAGUGUGUUAAUUUUGAUGAAAACAAGGAUGCUUUGGCUACAGCAGAAAAAAGCUCAGACUGUAGACUUACACGUAGAUUGAGCAAGCGUCCUCUACCACAGCCACCACUGCAGGACCUGAAUCCUGCAUGGCUUUUGACUUUUGCAGAAGAAAUUCUUUCAGAAUUUCUAGCGAAGGCCACUGGCACUGACCUAGAUUGGAUUCAAAUACCUGGGAUGAAGCCUGGUCCGGAUCCCAUUGGAGUCGUGGCGGUAGGUCACGAUUGUGAUGGAGUGGCUGCUCGAGCAUGUGGCCUUGUAGGGAUGGAUUCCAGCAGGGUUGCUGAUGUUCUGAAAGAUCGUCCUGCAUGGUUUCGUGAUUGCCGUCGAAUGGAAAUGCUUGGUGCUUUGACAACUAGCAGUGGUGCAACAGUGGAGUUGUUGUACACACAAAUGUAUUCUCCAACCAUUCUCACCCAAGCUCGAGAUUUCUGCACACUGCGGUAUACAUCAGUGCUUGAGGACAGAAAUUUAGUGGUAUGUGAGCGCUCACUGAACCUGGGCAUGGUACCACCAAGGGAAGGUUUUGUUAGAGCAGAGAUGCUGUCAAGUGGAUAUCUUAUCCGACCCUGUGGAGGGGUAGGAUCAAUUGUUUAUAUUGUCGACCACUUGGAUUUUGAGGCAGGACAAGCUCCUGAGGUGUUAAGACCAAUGUAUGAAUCAUCUGCUGUUAUGGCACAAAAGAUAACUAUUGCUGCCUUACGGCAUUUGCGUUCCUUGGCACAAGAAGCUGCUGGUGAGGUUAUAACUGGUGGCACACUACAACCAGCUGCAUUGCGUGAGCUGAGCCUUCGAAUUGCUAGGAGUUUCAAUGAUGCUAUAAACACUUUUUCUGAAGAUGGAUGGUUGUCAGUUGCUAGUGAUGGGAUGGAUGAUGUCAGUAUUGCACUUAAUUCAUCUUGGAGUCCUAGAAUGGUUGGUCUUGAAUGCACACCCUCUGAUAAGUUAUAUUCUGAUGGUGGUGUUCUAUGUGCAAAGGCUUCAAUGCUUUUACAGAACGUUCCUCCUGCAGUAUUGAUACGUUUCCUUCGUGAACAUCGAUCAGAAUGGGCAGAUUGGAUGGAUUGUGAUCUUGAUACGGGCUGUUCAAAUACUUGGCAAACUCAUGUAUAUGGUGCUGAAUUUGGAAGAAGACAAAUACCUAUGCCUCUAGCCCAUUCUGUGGAGCAUGAAGAGAUAAUGGAGCUGGUAAAAUUUGAAGGUUAUGAUCCUGCUCGAGAUGGUGCCUUAGUGUCAAAGGAGAUGUACUUACUCCAGCUUUGCAACGGCAUCGAUGAAACUGCUAUUGGUGAUUGUGCACAAUUAGUUUUUGCACCUGUCAAUGGUGCUCUUUCUGAUGACACACCAUUAUUGCCAUCUGGUUUUCGCAUCAUACCAUUGGACACGGGCUUUAUGGAUGGACAUGAUAUGUCCUACAACUUUAAUCUAGUUUCCACACAUGAAGGUGACCCAGACAUGGGCAGGCUUAUGACUGACACUGGAACUAUGUCUAACCAUUUCCGCUCUGUUGUCACGAUAGCAUUUCAAUUUCGGUAUGAUACUCAUAACUGUGAUAGUGUAUCUAUUUCUGCCCGCAAAUACAUGCGUACUGUUAUUGCUUCUGUUCAACGUGUUGCAAUGGCUAUUGCUCCUCGAGUGGGCUCAACACUGGGUUUGAGGAAUAUUUCUGAUACAACAGAAGUGCUGACCCUGGUCAAACAAAUAGUUUCAAGCUACAGGGUAAAAUUUGGGAUGAAUCUUUUAGUGGAACAGCCUUCGAACAAUGAUGAACUUUUCGAGAUGUUGUGGCAUCAUUCUAAUGCCAUUGUUUGUUGCAUAUGCAAGUCAUUACCAGAAUUCAUAUUUGCAAAUGAGGCAGGUCUAGAUAUGCUAGAAACUACAUUUGGAUGUUUACAGGACCUUCGGUGGGACCAGACUUUAGACGAAAGUGAAAAGAAAAAUGCUUAUUCAGAUAUCACAAAAGUGAUGCAGCAGGGUUUUGCUCAUCUUACAUCUGGAAUUCGUCUCUCUAGUUUGGGACGACCCGUUGCUUAUGAGAGAGCUAUAGCAUGGAAUAUACUAGAUGGCAACGAAAGCAUGGCAUGUAUUGCUUUCAUGUUCAUCAAUUGGUCAUUUUGAUUUUGUUUCACUGAAGCAAUAUUAUACAGCUUUUCUCAGUUGACAGCUGCAUAGAAUAUUGCUAACAUGUUUACAUUUUCUGUUCGAGUGAAUUAAUUUCUAAGAACAUAAGUCCUGCCAUGAAGGUGAUAUUUAAAAUACCAUACGUAUUUAAUUAUGCACUCUCGUGUUCAUUUGGAGUGAUAUUACUAUAUACUAUUGACUAUUUUUAGAUGUGUA